AUGCCUUCCUUGCCAGAGCGUCCACGUUCCUCGCAAGAGGCUCUUCUCCGAUUAGAGAAGGGCACGGCAUCACCUACCACCCAGUUAAACGAGGCUGCACAAAUUAUCGGACUCGAUUUGUCGUUAUGCGCGAGCCAUCCGGAGAUCGACCGAGCCCCUCAUAUACCGAACCCUGCGGCACCGAAAGAAGAAUGGGUCUUGCGAUGGUUGUUGAAGAAAUUGAAGGCCGGGAAGAUCUAUCGGGUAGAGCCUGUGUCGUUCCUUCUCCUGCGCCAAUUGAUUGAUCUUAUUCCUCCCAAAACGUUGGCUUCUACACUCAAAGACCACAAAUUCCUCGACGUUAUCGAACAUGCUAUUGGAGACCUGACCGACAAUGUUUUGACCGGCCUAGUAUAUGGGACGGCUGAUAUCUUGCCAUCUGGUUCCGAGUCCAGCCGUACACUAAGCGACUCGUCACGCGCAAAUGGAGGACAUGAUAAGAAGGGAACAAAGCGCAAGAGGGCGAGAGAAAAUGGACAGGAUGCGAUGGAUAUUGACGAGCCUCGGACGCCCGCUUCAUGCUUCUUGGCCUUUACUCGUGUUUUGGACUGCUUGUACAGCCUAGUCACACUCUCCAAUCGAACUGCUGGGGUCACCGAGGCUGCUAGCUCGCAUCUUCGGAAUGCGCUUAGGGGAGAGCCCCAGCAAGCUGCAAAUACGGUUGGCAAGUCAUUGAUGCUCGCUUCCGUUGCAAUCACGCAAUUCUCUCAUGGGCGGAAGACCACCGAACUGCAACAUCUGUUUUACGUCCUGCCCUCGUUGUUCGAGGUGUGGGAGCUGAGGUCGCACCGCCAGGACGACUCCAGUCAGGGCUCGAGUCAUAAAGCCUUUGCGACACAUUGCUUCCAGAGCGCUCUAAGACUUUUACACUGCGUGCGUGCAAGUCAAUUGGAUACGGCCGAAAAGAAUCAGCUGUCAAACGGCUUGGAACGUUUAAUCGCUGUUCAUGUGGUGUUCCCUGCGCGUACGGGCUUUCUGAGUCGAGGUGGCUCAGGAAUUGAUUAUUCCUCUAGUGAGCCGGAUUGGAGCUCCGUUCAACCCAUCUCUGAUACCUUUCGGCCAAUUCUCUGUGCGGAGGAGCUCUUGAACCACAAAGGCGCUAGGAAAAGGUUGCAGUGGGAAACAGCAGACCUCAUCCCAGAAUUUUUCGCUGUCGCCACGCGAUCAGUCCCGCGAGACACAUUUCGAAGGAAGACCGACGAGGAGCCUUGGUUGGAGACGUUAUUCGUUGCCGUUGCCGAGUUGGCAUUCUCCGUCGUUAAAGCAGAGGCGAUGCCAACAUUUAUGCCUAGGUUUGUGAGCGUGUUGGAGCAACUCUUCCGUGUGGUUCUUACGCAGAACGUGCGGCUGUCACUUCAAACUCUUCUUACCCAUGCGAGGUAUACUGGACUUCUCAAUGAUGGUCUUCCCGAAGUUGAGUGGAGUCUCACUGCUUUGCUAAUUGAACUGGGCGUGGAUAUCUUUCUGCCAAAUUCCGGUCUUGCCGACUCAGACAAAUUGCUCGAAGCUUUAUUGAACAAGAUCAUGCUGCAUUGGCAAACCAGCGUCUCCACAGGCAGUAGCAUUGAAGUCAUCAAAACCGGCAUUGUUCUCCCCCUGCUACGUGGGUUUACUGGGGCUAGGGAUCUUGCUACAUUUAUGGAAGUCUGGUAUCAGCAAUUGGGCAACGUUGAAACCGCGAGAAUGCGAGAUGGCAACCUCGGACUCUUCACCGUGUGGGAGGACGACGAUCUGUGCAAUGCUUACGGCGACCUUUUGCGCAAUCCUCUCAACCAGAACCUUGCUGCUGCUCAAAUUCGGGCGGCUGCAUCAGAAAUCCGCGGCGAAGACGGUGGAAUAAGCACGUCCGAGGAUGCUUACGGACAGGUAGUGAUUCUGGAGUCUGGAUUCAGAAAACGGCCUGUCAACCUUGCCGAUAACAAUGUCGACCUCGAAUCUGUGCUCGGUACCGUUAUUCCUGCGCUCUCAUCCCAACAGACCUUGCACUGGCGAUGGCGGUUAUGGAGAUUGGUCCGCAGUCUUGUUGAAAACAACACGCACAAGACCGACUCUGGCCUUGGUGCUAAGCUACUCAGCCUCACUGGUGAAGCUAUAACGUCCAUUCGCCGUUGUCACCAAGAGUCUCAGAACAAGUUAAGCGCCCGGCUCGAGUGUAUUGAGGCAUACCAAUUCAUUCUUGCCGCGCUCAAACACACCAAUGAUGGGGCUGCAUUCCCCACUGCGAUGAAAGAAACGACAGAUUACAUCAAAACAAUUUCUGCAAAAAAUGCCCUACAGUCGAUGAGCUCCCCAUGGGAUGGUCGCUCGGAAUCCAUCGACUCUCCAACUAUCCUAAGUUUGGCAUAUCUUCUGACCCUUGUUCGAAGCCCUAGAGUUUGGAGUUGGAUCGAGCCUGAAGUACGACGCUCGCUAUUUGCCCACAUUCUCUCCUUGGUAACAGCACAGUACCAGCCAUCAUCAUCAACUCUGGAAACCCUUGCUUCCGGUGCACGUUUUCUGCAAGCUUGGACCAGCGUCGUAUCCCACGAAUAUUUGUUGAAUACACCCGUCAUUAUUAAUGACUUGAUCACUGUGAUUUCCGAGCGGGUUAAAGAUGACCCAUCAAAUCGGAAGCUUUACAUUGAGAGUCUCCAACGGAUCCCGGCGACUUCAAUCAGACGAUCCCAGCGAGGAGCCAUGCUAGACUUGCUGCAGGGUGUUGUUUUGAAACAAGACAGCAGCCCCGUUGUCACUGUUGGUAUCUUGUCUCUGAUGGCCAAAUUGUCUGAAAUGUCGAAAUCUACGGCGCAGUUGACGGGCAGUUGGGAGCCAAUCUGGGAAAUCGCCAAAGCAAUCACACUUCAAGGUGCCGACGUCGACCUCGAGAUCAUGAAGGCAUUCAGAUUUCUGCAUCGUGCAGUUUUUGCAAAGCUACUUCUCCUAGCAGAGGGAGACCGCCGAAAAUUGUUCAAAAAGAUGUAUCGGAAGAUUUCCGGAAAAGUCGCGAAAUUACAGUCGCUUAGUUCCAGCUCUAUGGAAUGUUUCUUUUUGAGAAUAUCACUCUCGCAGUUUUGGCAGGAUCGAAGCCAGCUGACGGAUGCCAUUGACGGCCCUGAACUGGCCUCUAUCCGCGAGAGAAUGUUUGGGCUAGUGGUUGCUGAUGUGCGUUCGGCAAAGGAUCAAUGCAAAAAGCAACCCCUGGAAGAGACCAUCAGCUUAAUCAAAACCCUCGAUGCGCUAGAGGAUUUUGAGGACCUAGCAACGAAUCAUGUCGAGGUCAAGAAGUUCUUGUCCAAGAUUGAAAGCUACGUUGAAAAGUCCACCGACUCGGGAUCCUCGUUGAGAAGACAUAUAAGACGUCGGGUGUUGGCAACUCAAGGGCAGGAAAAAAGUGUCACAGUUCCCGUCGUUCAAUAUGCCGAGUCCCUCCCUCUUCAACAGAUGUACAGUGACCAGCAGCAACUUUUCAUAUGGUCAACAACUGACCAAUUUCGAUCGAUGUCCACAUCUUCCUUGCUCCGGGUGAUCCGAGAAGUCCGCCAGCUGGGAUUCUUCGGCAAGAACGCUGAGUACCAUUUGCUGAUUGCUGGCUUGGCUAUCUCUGCGGCGCCCUCCACCGAAGACAGGGAAAGUGAUCAAGCGAAAGAGCUGUCGCUUGUUUGCACGGGGAUCACUGAGGCAAUUUCCCAGAGUAAAUCGCACGUGGAAUUUGUCCUUGCUACAGAGUGUUUGGAUGUUCUUCUUCGCAGCCACCCACGUUGCAUCUCUCAGUGGAACGUUGAUAGUCUCCUCUCCUGCAUCGCGAUAUGCGCUUCAAAAUCAGGACCGCGUAUCAAUCCCGAAUAUUCCGGGGUGAUUUAUAUCCGCCUAUGCCGGCUAAUGGGCCUCUUGCUGGGCCUUCACCGUCAGAAAAUAGGUGGCCGUUUCCACCUCAUUCUUCCUCCCAUGCAGCGUCUGCUGCAUUGUCUUUUCGCUAAGGCCAAGAAGCGUGCGAUUCGGCUUGCCAAGUCCGAUACAGGAAAUGCGCAACAGCCACACUGGCUCUCUCAGCUCGACGCUACGCACGCCACCCAUUUCACUCGCCUUUUGACCUCUCUCUGCGACCCUACCGUAUCAGCAGUCUCACGGCCCACGCCACAGGGCGCGAGUCAUGAAGGGCUAACCGACCAGACGAUAAAAGCCAAGCGCAUUGCGGGACAGUAUCUACAGUACUUGAUCAUGGACUAUGCCCAGCGAUCGCUUCUGGGCACUCUAUCUCCGGAUGUCAAGGCUGCCCUCUUGCCCGGUCUAUACUCGGCACUGGACGUGAUGUCCCGGGAAACAAUGCGGGCUAUGAAUGCCGGACUGGAUAUAUCUGGGCGAGCAGUAUUCAAGUCCCUGUAUGACGAUUACAUGAGGUUCGGCAGGUGGAACAAAGGUUGA